CGGGUGUAGAGAUGGGCGUGUCCUGUGUAGGUAAGCGGCCUAUCAUGCUGCGGGGCGUGUCCCGGAAGUGUCGGGACGGGGAUGCGCUGGUGGUCGGUGUUGCUGGGGCUGCUCGUGCUCCGGCUCGGGCUUCACGCUCUGAGGGGCUUCAUCUCUCCUGGAGUGGUGCUGGCAGCGCGGACUGGCCGGGCGGCGGUGUGCCGCACAUCAUAUGGACGCUUCCACCUUGGGGAUGAGUAUGGGCGCAUGUAUAGCUCCUUCCCGGCCGGGCUACGCCAGGAGAUGCGGGAGAUGGCCCGGGGCAUGUUCUCUUUCGGCUAUGACAACUACAUGAGAUACGCCUUCCCGGAGGACGAGCUGAACCCCAUUCUGUGCCGGGGACGAGGGCCAGACACCGGGAACCCUUCAAAUCUUAACAUCAAUGAUGUCCUUGGGAACUAUUCUCUUACCCUGGUUGAUGCCCUGGACACCCUUGUGGUCAUGGGCAAUGUCUCAGAGUUUCAGAGAGCCGUACGCCUGGUGAUUGACACUGUGACUUUUGACAAGGAUUCCACUGUGCAGGUGUUUGAGGCAAACAUAAGGAUACUAGGGAGCCUUCUGUCCGCACAUAUCAUCCUUACCGACAAUAAGCAGCCCUUCGGCAAUAUGACGAUAACUGGCUAUGAAAAUGAACUUUUGCACAUGGCGCAUGAUCUUGCCGUCCGACUCCUUCCAGCAUUUGAAAACACUAGGACAGGAAUGCCUUAUCCAAGAGUAAACCUGCAGAAGGGGGUCCCUCCUGAUAGCCUGAAUGAGACCUGUACUGCAGGGGCUGGAUCUCUUCUGGUUGAGUUUGGGAUCCUCAGCCGACUCCUUGGAGAUUCCACCUUCGAGUGGGUGGCCCGUCGUGCUGUACAAGCUCUGUGGAGCCUCCGGAAUAAUAACACUGGUCUUUUGGGCAAUGUGGUUGAUAUACAGACUGGACAGUGGCUUGGAAAGCAGAGUGGACUGGGAGCGGGACUGGAUUCUUUCUUUGAAUAUCUGCUGAAGUCCUAUAUCCUCUUUGGGGAGGAGGAAGACCUGCACAUGUUUAAUGAAGCUUAUAAAAGCAUCCAGAACCAUCUACGGCGAGGACGAGAAUCAUGCAAUGAAGGUGAGGGGGACCCUCCUCUGUAUGUAAAUGUGAACAUGUUUAAUGGACAGAUAAUGAACACCUGGAUAGACUCUCUCCAGGCUUUCUUCCCAGGCCUGCAGGUCCUAAAAGGGGACAUAGAGGAUGCAAUUUGCCUUCACGCGUUUUACUAUGCAAUCUGGAAGCGAUAUGGAGCUCUACCUGAAAGAUACAACUGGCAGCUGCAGGCACCUGAUGUUUCCUUCUACCCGCUCAGACCAGAACUGGUGGAGUCCACUUACAUUUUGUACCAGGCCACCAAAAAUCCUUUUUACCUGCAUGUAGGAAUGGAUAUACUUCUGAGUCUCGAGAAGCAUGCCAAGGCUGAGUGCGGUUAUGCAACGCUGCAUCAUGUGGUGGACAAGUCUCAGGAGGAUCGCAUGGAAAGUUUCUUCUUGAGUGAAACAUGCAAAUAUUUAUUCUUGCUGUUUGAUGAAGAAAACCCAGUGCAUACGACGGGCAACAAAUAUAUCUUUACAACAGAGGGUCAUUUGAUUCCACUUGACCCUCGUUUUAGGAACAAAGCCUGGAAAGAUAUCUUUCACCCUGAGCGAAAAGCACAAGCCAGCCCUGUGAAACUAUCCCAGACAAAGCUGCGAGCAGCCAAUUCAAGCACCAAUUGCUACAGAGUUCCUGAAGAGCGCAGAUACUCCUUACCACUGAAGAGCGUCUACAUGCGCCAGAUAGAUCAGAUGGUUGGGCUCCUUUAGUGUGAACUCAUCCACCUGAGAAUCCUCUUACUUGAGACUCGUUUCGGGCUUCCAACAACUAUAGGGGGUGACCUCCUACAGUAACUGGGCAUGCAACAAAUCCCAUCAGCCGGGAGCUCAUCUGUGCCAGCACUGCAACGUGUUUGGGACUACGUAAACCUCAGGGAUUGUGAGAAUUUAACAAUGUGUCUUCCAAAGCUGCUUAAAUCUCUGAAAUGUUUUCCAUGUUCACAAAAAUUUUCAUGUAUUAAUGCCAAUCUUAUGCCAUUUCAAAGACAAACUGCACCCAUGUGUCUCCCGUGGACUCUCAAUCUUGCCUGACAGUUCAGUUGUCAAAUUUCUGUGCAGCACCAAAGGGGUUUAGGAGAAGCAUCCAGAUCUGAGAAAUCAGAAGACACAUUUUAGGUGGAAUUCCCCUUCAACUUUUAACACCACUCUUAAACUCUGGCUUUAUUUAGCUUGAUCAUUGUAGGAGUAGUUCUGUCCCUUUCUCAUAUACUUCAUGUGUGAAUUUCUCAAUAUUUAUUAGAUCUGUUUGUUGUCAGGAAUAUGAACAUUGCUGACUACACAUAAGCAAUGAAGGCCUGUAGAAGCCGAAUAUUUCUCACAGCCAAGUCUUUGUUACAGUUUCAGAUUUGCUUUAGUGUGAUAGCAGAGGUAAAAUGUUAUCAGUCCGGCUGUUUAGAUUACACAGGGAUGUAUAGACUGGAUGCAAUUGUAACAAGCAAUCAGCUGUGAAGUGUUAUGCCAGAAGGCCCUUUUUAGCUUGUGAACGUGCACAAAACUGUUCCUAUCCACUGACACAAGAUUUUGUUCAGAGCGAGGACUGAAACUUAAUGUCUAUUAGAAAGUUACAAACCUUCAUUAUACAGUCCUUAUAUUUCUGUACAGAAGAUUGGACAUUGAGCUUUGUUCUGUCGCUGACAUUUCUCUUUUUAAGGUUUUUUAUUUUUACACUAGGUGCCAAAAUGACUCCGCAGUCGAUCUGUGUAUUGUGGGAUAUUUCAGCCUCCUUCCAUCAUUAGAGAUCUUCCUGUCACUUGGCCUUUGGGCUCUUCAGCUGUCUUUGCAAAACACACAAGGAUUUCCAGUUUACCUCCGUUUUUCUUUAUUUAUUUAUGUCAAAUUACGAAAGAUUUUAAUCUAAAGAAAAUCUGAAAUUUCAUUUUUUUUAUUUAAAGGAAGCCUUGAAUGUGUAGUUAUCUGCUGGUCAGAGACCCUAGCCUUUGGUUUGGAUAAAUGUAUACAGUCACUUGAGUGCCUGAGCAGUGUCCUUUGCUCACUGCCUUAUUUCAGUUGUUAAUGCCAGUGUUCACCUUUUAUCAUGUCUUAUUUAGGACCAAAUUCUUGUACUGAUUAUUUUUGUAUUACUUUAUAGUGGUUUUCUGAUACUAAACUCCAAAUCGUUAUAGAAAUAAUUACAGGAUAAUAUGAUGGCUGCCUACAGUCACCACUAGGGGGAGAUCACUGCAGACUGGUUAUAUACAGUGGUCCCUCAACAUACGAUGGUAAUUCGUUCCAAACGACCCAUCGUUUGUUGAAUCCAUCGUAUGUUGAGGGAUCCGUGCAAUGUAAAGUAUAGGAAGUUGUCCUCACCGCUCCGGACCGCGUCCUCACCGCUCCCGAUACUGUCCCGCUGCUCCGACGUCGUCUUCGGGAUCCGCUGGCUUCUUCCGCAUCUUCUGCAGGGUCCGGGCCUCGCUUUCUGGUGACAUUAUUACGUUGCGGUGCCGGCGCGGCGUGCGUAGUGACGUAAUAACGACGCCGGAAAGCGAGGCCCGGACCAUGGAGAAGAUGCGGAAGACGCCGGAGGAUCGCGGGGAUAGGUAAGCAAACCUGUCCGGGAUGCUUAAACUGCUAUCCGACAGAAGCUUAAGCAUUUUGCGCUGUUGGAUAGCAGUUAAUGCAAUGGCCCCGACAUAUAAAAGCAUUGCAUGUUGAUGCUGACAUAGACAUGCGAUGGCCUCUGAGAGGCCAUCGUAUGUCGAUUUUAUCAUAUGUCGGCCAUCGCAUGUCGGGGGGUUACUGUAUUGGUCUUAGCAAUAAGACUGUAGUUAGGUGCAGUUAGGCUCUUAAUGGCCCCCCCCCAUUUGAAAGCUGCAGGGUGCCAGCACAUUAUGUUUGAAAGGGGAUUUCUUGGACUUUUAUAUUAAAGGGGUAGUCCAGUGGUGAAAAACUUAUCCCCUAUCCUAAGGAUAGGGGAUAAGUUUGAGAUCGCGGGGGGUCCGACCGCUGGGGCCCCCUGCGAUCUCUCUGUACGGGGCCCCGGCUCUUGGCCCAGAUAGCGGGUGUCGACCCCCGCACAAAGCGGCAGCCGACACGCCCCCUCAAUACAUCUCAAUGGCAUCUUCGACCCCUACCAGAUGCAGUCCCGUAUACAGCCCUUACUAUGUAUACAAAGCUGAGCCUGUUCUCUUUUUAUGUAAAACAGCCUCCUGCACGUGGCGCAUAAGUCCAGAAUAACAGUAAAGUUGAGACCGCCACUUACCAAUAAUGCAUGAAGUAGGUUUAUUUACAUCACAAAAUAAUGAACAGGAUGUGUUU